CAGCCAUGUCUGAACUGCCGGGGGAGACCAGUGGCCAUGAAGGUGCCUGUGAGCCAGCUAUGUGGCUGACUCUGAAAAAACCGUGAUAACGGGGAUUAACAGCAACUGCAGUCCAAUUUCCCGACACUCUAAGGAAAGUGAGGAUGGAGUGAAGGCAGUAGGCUGUGAGCUGCUUACAGCCUCAUUCCCUCCCCCUUCGAGCCUGAGCAGGGAUUUAAAGAUAAUCUGCUGGCGGCUCCAUCUUUGCUCACUGCCAGAGGAGGAGGGUCACCUGUGGACAGCCUCUGGCACCCGGCGUCCUGGGCGUGUGUGAACUUUUCAGAGACAGGACAGAGAAGAGGCCAGACAGUAGCACUCACACAAGGUAUUCUUGCUAGAUGGCAGCAAACAACAGAAGACUCUCAGCUAACUUGGCUUCAGAAGGGCUAGCAUGUUCCAGUGGAAGUUGCCACAAGAUGGAUCAAGCUUUUUUUCCACUUUCAAAAAGCUAUUCAGACACCCUAAGAGGGCCCAUGGGUGUUGUAGAACUUGAACAGAAAUGUCAAGAUAUCCAAAAAAGCCUUAGCAAUGGAGUAUGUCAUCAGCAGAGAGAAGUGAGAAGCAACCAGCAGGGGUCCUCAGAAAGUAUCACUGUACCGAUUUCACUGUGCCCAGCUUCCACCAUGGAGAAAAAAGUGAUUUGCUCUCCGAGUCUAGAAGCUAUCAACAGCACAACUUUAAAUAUGAGCCCCCAUUUAAGAGCUGAUCAAGUGUCAACUUCUGCACAGAUUAACAACACAGAGCUCAGUUCUAGUGACAGAUGCCAGGAAACAAGGUGGCUUGAAACAAGUAAACCUCCAGUGCAGAGGAGCCACUCAGACAGCUUGUAUUCUAGUAAAGAGAGACAGAUGGUAUGUCCUGGGUGCAGCAUGACCUUUCCUAAUAUGGGGAUUUGUAACUGGGAUGCUAUAGGAUGUGCCACUCAAGGACAUCAAAUCGGUUCUUGUAGAAGGAGUCCCAUAAACAGUGUUCCUCUUGAGCAACCUCAGGCUUUGGGCCUCUGUGUUCCCAAUGUGUUAUGUAACCAAAAAACUGGAAUCCACAGAGGGGAUGGGUCCCAUGUUCAAACCUCCAUGUUAUGUGCAGAAACGUAUCAUACUCACUCAGAAGGAACUUUCCCAGCAUUUUGCCACUCCUUGCCUAUACCUGCACCUGUCCAAUUGCUCUCACGCGUGGUCAGUUCAGGAGAUGCAUGCGGAAAGCAGAGCUCCUCUAUGCCUUGCUGUCCAGCACACGCCCAGUCCCUUUCUGGCAUAAUGACUUUUCCUCGGCUGGUCUCUUCUGUCAGUGAGACAGGAUUGGAUGUUAAGAGAGUGAUGACUUGUCUUAUUCCAGGUACAGAGAUGAAAGAGAAUGCAGGCAUAGAGUGUCUCCAACAGAAAGGAACUGGACACAGGGGGACCAGAGAUGCUGGCACCAUGACUUCUUUGAAAGAGCUAACACUACAGUUCAGGGACAUGGCAGUCCAAACCAGUGAGUCCAGUACUCCUUGCUCACCACUCACUGAUAGGACACCACAUGUGUACCCAGAAAUCAAUCUUGUUCAGGAGCCAGUGGUUCAGAAGUCUCCAGUGAAAGAAGUCAAGUGGGAUGAAGAAGGUAUGACAUGGGAAGUAUAUGGUGCCUCAGUAGACCCUGAAGUUCUUGGGCAUGCAAUCCAAAAACAUCUGGAGCUACAGAUAGAGGAAGCAACUAACCGUGCAUCCGCCCUGUCACAACAGAAUAAGCACAGCACACACAAGAAAGCACGGGGUCGAAAGGGCCUAAAGAAUUUACUAAUCAACCCAGCAUGCUGCACUCGGACCAACACAGCCAUUGAUUAAAAUUUGCUCCCAAAGUAAAAUGUGCCCAUAGUAUGACUUAAGAUGACAACCGUAUAGUGAGAAUCACAGUCUUUCUGUGUUCCUGCAAAUGAAAAUACCUCAGCUCACUUCUAGAUAAACUCUGAGAAUCAGACUGAGAUGAUCCAGAACCCAGACAGUGAUCCCUGCACAAUGUGGCCAGUUUUUGCUGCAUUGAUAUUGUGCAUUAUGGAGUCACUAUGUUUUCAAAAUGCUAAAAUUCCCACUUCAUGAAAGCCAACGUGAAUCAAAAGUCCAAGUAUGACUGAAGUUAAAUCAUGAUACCAAUAAUCACUGUGCAUAAUCCUAUGUCUUACAUUACAGCAGAAAUCCAAGAAAAGAGCACCACAGAUGUAAAACCAUGGGAAGUGUCUUUAGUUGGAGUGUUGUACCUAUACCCAAAUACAGGUGACAAAGGGGGCCUGUCUAAGCAGUUCACUCCUACUAAGUUAAUUUAAAUCCUGCCUUCAAGAUAAGUCUAAUUGGUCAACAUGAUGUUGUCAUAUUUCAUUUUUUUCAAAUGCCAAGGAUAGUUAUAUCACAAAUGGCUAUUACCAUGACCGUCUGUUUAACAGACAUUACUGAGAUCAUCUCUCUUUACAGCAGUUUAGCUAAGAAAGGCUUGAAUGUUGAUUUUGGCAGGACAUGAAAAGUUGCAACUCCAGUUCAACAGUAAAUGAUCACUACGAAUGUCUCCAGUUUUGUUUCACCAAAACGUAAAAUGCUGCAUAAAAAUGAGGAAAUACUCAUUAUGAAACUUCACAGUAUGAUCAUGCCAUGAGGUUCAUCUUGUAUUACUCUAAAACCAUUACACAAAUGAUCCAACGUAUCACCAACAUGACAGUGAUAAUGAAACAACAGUAUAACCGGGACCAAAUAUUCAUCAUGAAACAGUAUCACCACUAGAGUAAAUGCACUGAAGAAUCAUUACAACAUGCCAUGACUGAAUGUUCUAUCAUGACAACCUAGCCUUGACAGUAUGUAAUCACCGAUCACUGUAACUAAGGGAUUAAACCGGGAAGCUACACAGAUCAUCCGUAAUACAUGGCUAUAGCAGAAGGUUCAUUAAUAAUUUCUUUGACAGAAGGCUUGUCUUGACACAAUCUAGCAUAACCAUGACAUAAAGCCAUGUGGACUUCUAUAGGAUAUUUAUGGAAUGUUAGCUUUACAUUAGGACCUUUUAUAGUAUAAAUAAAUAAGACUUUCAAUCCCUUAUAAGGAUCUAACUAUGACAAAAUUUUAAUUAAGGAAUUCUGCUUUUGUGAAGCUUGGUGUUUUUAGAUCAUCUUGUGAAUAUUUGAAAUAAGCUCUAGUUUUAUAUUUUAUGUAAAUCUACCUUCUUCUUUUUUAACAUUC